GCCGGCCUGUCGCAAUCGCGACGGGGGAAGAGGAACAGGCUUGGCCGCCUCGACGCAGGGCGGGAGGGGGUGGCCGGGAAAGCACGUGAGAGCUGCAGGCCCGGAACCCAGGCCUCCAGCUUUCUUCUGAAGCCUGGCCCUCCGAGGGGCUGCGGAUCAGGACCACCCGCUGGCGGAAGAGGGGCAGCAGAGCCUGUAGCUAGCCAUCAGUCCAGUUGACCUCCAAGAGCCUCGGGCAGAGGCUGACCCGCGAUGCAUGGAUGUUGGGGCAGAGCUGACCCGGGAACGCAUGGAUGUUGAGGCAGAGCAGUGGACAUCUGGGUGCCAGAUUUGCAUCUGCACCAGGGAUUGACAGCGCAUCCAGCAGAGACACCCAGAGGUGGCUGGCAGAUGCCACGUCUGGCCCGUCACCCCACUUGGCAGAAACUGAGGCCUGUCCCACUCUGACUUUUUACAGAAAAGCUACCACAGUAACAAGCCAUCAGGCCUCCACCCUGCUGGCCCACCCACACCACACACUAUUGGGCACACCACAAGACACUGGGGAGAGCGCAGCUGGCCCUGAACCUGCCUUUCUGCCCUCUGGGGAUCUCUCAAAGGGAAAGUGGGGGGAGAUAUGAGAACCUAGGUCCUGGUGAGUUGCGGACCUCGGGCUCAGGCUGGGUAGCCCAGUUCCAGCUUGUGUGUCCAUAAGCCCGUGACUCUCUUUGAACAGAGGGACCUGAGAGCCCAGGCAGUGUAGGUUCCCUACCUCUGGAGCAGAGCACCCGACCUCGGGGUGCCAGGCAGAUGAGUGCAGUCCAUGCAAGGGCUGGGGAAAGGAGACAAGCGGGAAGAGCAGGGCCUGGGCCCUGAACCCUCAGUGCCCCCACAACCCACCGAGGAGGAGGAGGCACUGAUCGAGUUCCACCGCUCCUACCGAGAGCUCUUCCAGUUCUUCUGCAACAAUACCACCAUCCACGGCGCCAUCCGCCUGGUAUGCUCCAAGCACAACCGCAUGAAAACGGCCUUCUGGGCAGUGCUGUGGCUCUGCACCUUUGGCGUGAUGUACUGGCAGUUUGCCUUGCUGUUCGCAGAGUACUUCAGCUACCCUGUCAGCCUCAACAUCAACCUCAAUUCAGACAAGCUGGUCUUCCCUGCCGUCACUGUCUGCACCCUUAACCCCUACAGAUACACUGAAAUUAAAGAGGAGUUGGAAGAGCUGGACCGCAUCACGGAACAGACGCUCUUUGACCUAUACAAAUACAACUCCUCCUACACGCUCAAGGCGGGGGCCCACCGCCGCAGCACCCGCAACCUCAGGAGCGCUCUUCCGCACCCCCUGCAGCGCCUGCACGCACCGCCUCCGCCCUACCCAGCCCGCGCAGCACGCAGCUCGUCUUCCAGUGUUCGCGACAAUAACCCCCAAGUGGACAGGAAGGACUGGAAGAUCGGCUUCCAACUGUGCAAUCAGAACAAAUCAGACUGCUUCUACCAGACGUACUCAUCCGGGGUGGAUGCGGUGAGGGAGUGGUACCGCUUCCAUUACAUCAACAUUCUGUCCAGACUGCCCGACACCUCACCAUCCCUAGAGGAAGAAGCCUUGGGCAACUUCAUCUUCACCUGCCGGUUCAACCAGGCCCCCUGCAACCAGGCGAAUUAUUCUCAGUUCCACCACCCCAUGUAUGGGAACUGCUACACAUUCAACAACAAGAACAACUCCAAUCUCUGGAUGUCUUCCAUGCCGGGAGUCAACAAUGGUCUGUCUCUGACACUGCGCACAGAGCAGAACGACUUCAUCCCCCUGCUGUCCACAGUGACAGGGGCCAGGGUGAUGGUGCAUGGGCAGGAUGAGCCUGCCUUCAUGGAUGACGGUGGCUUCAACUUGCGGCCUGGUGUGGAGACCUCCAUCAGCAUGAGGAAGGAAGCCCUGGACAGCCUUGGAGGCAAUUAUGGUGACUGUACUGAGAAUGGCAGUGAUGUCCCUGUCAAGAACCUUUACCCUUCCAAGUACACGCAGCAGGUGUGCAUUCACUCCUGCUUCCAGGAGAACAUGAUCAAGAAGUGUGGCUGUGCCUAUAUCUUCUACCCUAAGCCCAAGGGUGUAGAGUUCUGUGACUACCGAAAGCAGAGUUCCUGGGGCUACUGCUACUAUAAGCUGCAGGGUGCCUUCUCCUUGGACAGCCUGGGCUGUUUCUCCAAGUGUCGGAAGCCGUGCAGUGUGACCAACUACAAGCUCUCUGCUGGCUACUCAAGAUGGCCCUCUGUGAAGUCCCAGGAUUGGAUCUUCGAGAUGUUGUCCUUGCAGAAUAAUUACACAAUCAACAACAAAAGAAAUGGAGUCGCAAAACUCAACAUCUUCUUCAAGGAGCUGAACUAUAAAACUAAUUCGGAGUCUCCCUCCGUCACGAUGGUCACCCUCCUGUCUAACCUGGGCAGCCAGUGGAGCCUGUGGUUCGGCUCGUCUGUGCUGUCUGUGGUGGAAAUGGCCGAGCUCAUCUUUGACCUCCUGGUCAUCACAGUCCUCAUGCUGUUGCACAGGUUCAGAAGCCGGUACUGGUCUCCAGGACGAGGGGCCAGGGGUGCGAGGGAAGUGGCCUCCACUCCGGCUUCCUCCUUCCCCUCCCGAUUCUGUCCCCACCCUACAUCCCCACUGCCUUCUUUGCCCCAGCAGGGCACAGCCCCUUCCCUGGCCCUGACGGCCCCUCCGCCUGCCUAUGCAACCCUAGGCCCCUGUGCCCAUCCACUGGAUUCUGCAGUGCCUGGCCCUUCUGCCUGUGCCCUGGGGGAGCCAUGAGAGAGGAGAGUUGUCCUCUCACCCAGGCCAGUGCUCCUGGGUAAACCGAAGUAUAUCUCAUCUUCAGUGGCACCUUCAACAGCUGCCCAGCUGCCUUUGGUGUGCCUGAGGGAGUAGGCUAAAUAAGGGGCCAGGAAGUUAUCCAGAGAACAGCAGCUAAUGAGCUGUUCUGAGCUGCCCGGCUCAUGCUUCUGAACACUGCUUUCCGCACAAGCUCAAACAAGUCUCCUUUUCCCUUGGAUCAGCCAAGCCAGACUUGGAACUUUGACAAGGAACUUUCCUGGGAAACGACCAACGAACAAAUAUAAACAAGGCUCGGAAAAGUGGCCACAGGUUUCCUACCCCAUGACCAGAGAUUGGCCUCGCCGCGCCACCUUCAGAGACACAGAUGUCUGCCCCCUUUCUUGAACUUGGGUGGGGAACCCCACCCAAAAGCCCCCUUUAUUAGUUCUUUGGCAAUUCCCCUUCCCUGACUCCCCAGGGUGGGGCCUAGAGUAAGAUGAGUAUAGUAAAGGGUUGGCCAUUCUCCUCCAUCUCUGAGACUCCUCUCUCGUUUAAUACCCUGUGCCACAGUGCCUCUGUGCCGUGUCCUUCAUGCUUGUCUCAGCUAUUUUCUCAGCCUGGAAGCUUCCUCUACCAUCUCCUAGAUACCUUCUAUGCACCCUUAGAACUCUGCUCAAAGGACCAUUGCUUUUGUGAACUUUUACCAUAUCCCCUUGUCUCAUAGUGCACUAUGCCGUAUGUUCACAUUCUUGUGUCACUGUCUCCCUGAGUAGACUGUGAACUCCUUGUGGUCAGGGACGAGGCUUUCUCAGUUUUGUAUCCUUCAGGUCUAGCCCAGUAUCCCACUUGGAGCAGGUAGGCAGGUUGCCAAUAAACGCUUGUUACCUAA